AGAGAUCAUCGCUCUAACCAGGCCGUUAAAUCGAUCUCUGCUCUUAUUGGAGACCGGGGCCGUACCAUGGCGGAGAAGACUCAAAAAAGUGUGAAGAUUGCUCCUGGAGCAGUUGUGUGUGUAGAAAGUGAAAUCAGGGGAGAUGUAACUAUAGGGCCAAGGACGGUGAUCCACCCUAAAGCACGAAUUAUUGCAGAAGCCGGGCCAAUAGUGAUUGGUGAAGGGAACCUAAUAGAAGAACAGGCCCUUAUUAUAAAUGCUCACCCAGAAAAUAUCACCCCUGAUGCUGGAGAUUCGGAACCCAAACCUAUGAUCAUUGGCACCAAUAAUGUGUUCGAAGUUGGCUGUUAUUCCCAAGCCAUGAAAAUGGGAGAUAAUAAUGUUAUUGAAUCAAAAGCAUAUGUAGGCAGAAAUGUAAUAUUAACGAGUGGUUGCAUCAUCGGGGCCUGUUGCAACCUGAAUACUUUUGAAGUCAUCCCUGAGAACAUGGUGAUCUAUGGAGCAGACUGCCUUCGUCGGGUGCAGACUGAGCGACCACAGCCCCAGACACUACAGCUGGAUUUCCUGAUGAAAAUCCUACCCAACUACCACCACCUAAAGAAGACAAUGAAAGGGAGCUCAACUCCAGUUAAGAACUAAGAACAAUGUGUGAUACCAAGAUAACGUUUCAUCCUUGACCACAGUCUUUUGAAAGGGCUACAGUGUUUAAAAUGCAGUCUUAUCAACUCGCAGAAUAA